CCUUUUUGAUCCCACUUGGGCUGGUAUGUCCAAUCCCAGCUCGCCGUGUCCCUCGCCGGCUAGCUCUCUCCCUGCCCCGAUUUCGCUGUUCCGAUCCGGGCGAACCUCAGCGCCCGUCUGCGGGAUCUGUCGCACUCCUCGAUCUAGCUCCUUGCGGCUCACCCCUCCAGCUUUGAUUCCCUCAGCAUCAUGAAGAUCGUUACCUUGAACCAGUCUGAAGAGGAGCUUGCCUUCCGGCAGAUGAAAAAGGCUGCAAUGAUCAACUGCGACGAUCAUGUUAAGGCGUUUGUCGAAUGCUCCCGCAGUGGCACCUGGUCGGUUCUGUUCAAGUGCCAAGACCUCAACAAGAAGAUGAAUGACUGUCUGAAGCAGUUCACCACCGACUCCCAUCGUGAUCGCAUCCGAGACCAGUGUCUGCACGAGAAGAUCGAGCGAUACAAGGCCGAGGGCAAGCUGUCGUGAGCCCUCGAUUCUCGAUCCCAGAGCCCAAUGCUGCCACCUUGACCAGCCCUGGUUGCUCUUUUGCACCGACGAAUCUCUGUGUCCUCCGUGAUGCCUGCGGACCAACGGACGGAAAUGCAUGGAUGGAUAGAUGGACAGACAGACAGACGGACCGGACCGAUGAAGGAGCCGACAUUCCAAAGGAUCGUUUGCGAGCCAAGAUGCUGUCAGAGUUUAUCAAUGCGCCGAUGGAAUAUACUGUUCGCCACUCGCAAUGGGACCCAGCCACUUCAGCUGC